AUGGAUGGACUACCGGAAAACCCCGUUGACUGGUUUCGACUUGAGGAUCCUGAUGAGCCAUUUGGAGUUCCUUUCCAUCCACAUCCACUACACUUAGUUGGGAUCCAUACUUUCCCCAAGACGCUCUUGAGGAGGAGGAUCCCGAAGAGGAUACUGAAGAAGAUCCCGAUGAGGAGGAGCUCGAGGAUGAGGGCAUAUUGCAGUAUGCCUAAGAGACUGAUGAUGAUGAUCCUGCAGAGGAUGAGGGAGACCUCUCCGAAGAGGAACCUACUCCCCUUACCCCCACCAGUCUCACCACUGAGACCCUACUACCAGUCGUACCUUCUGCGUGGCAAGGGCCCUUGUAUGAUGAGGACCCUAGGAACUACUAUAUCUCCUAUUUACCACUUGGACGCAGUUGUUCGGGUUUCCCGACCCACUAGUGGUCUAUUAGGGAAACGGACUCGACCUAGUGAGCCAUCUUGGCUCACAAACCUCCUUAGCAGGAGGGAUGCUAUUGAUCUACCACCACGGUUUAAGACCAAGGAUAAGAUCAGAUCCUUGGAGCAGUUUAUGAGAGGUCCACGCUCUACUUCCCUUGACCAUCAAGUUGAGAUACUCAAGGAAGAGGAGAAGGAGAAUUCUGAUGUUAGAGCACAGAACUACCAGAUUCAGAUCAUGGAGAGCGAGCUUGCUGCGCAGCGAAAUCAGCUGGUUAUCUUUGCGCAUGAAGGACGCUACAUUUUGGACCUAUUCGUGGACUUUGUCCUCUAUGUGAUGACUCAAUUUGGGAGUAGUUGUGAUGAUAAGUUUUCCGAAUUUCGAGAUUUUGGGCAGUCUAUUAAGAACAACAUUGGAUUUAAUAAAUCUGGAGUGGCUAAUGAGUUUGGCAAAUCUGGUUGUAUUGAAACUAAGUUGCGUGUUCAUAAGAAAAAGUGUGUAUUUGAGGAUAUUCCUUCUUUUAAUUUAGGAAUUGAGGAUGACAUCUAUACUCCUCUAAAAGUGAAUACAGGUGUUGAAAGUUAUGUUAGUAAGAAUUCUGUUUCUGUUGAAAUAAGUUCUGCUUCAGUCAAAGGAAAUGUAAUUAAGUCUCAUGAUAAAAGUGAAAAAGUUAAAAUACUUGAGAAUGAUAUGAUUUCAUCGAGACCAAAGAGAAGUCAAACGUUACCUCUAGUGCUUAGGUCUCCAUUUGUUGUACGAGUUGUUGAGAUUGAUAGUAAUUUGACGAAGGAGGAGAAUAUCAAGUAUAAUUAG